AUGGCCAAGGUCUCUACCAACGUUUCGUCCUCGAGACGCAAGUCUCGCAAGGCUCACUUCUCCGCGCCUUCCAGCGUUCGUCGCGAUAUCAUGAGCGCUCCCCUCUCCAAGGAGCUCCGUGAGAAGUACAACGUCCGCUCCAUCCCCAUCCGCAAGGACGACGAGGUCACCAUCGUUCGUGGCUCCCAGAAGGACAAGGAGGGCAAGGUCACCUCCGUCUACCGCCUCAAGUACGUCAUCCACGUCGAGCGCGUCGUCCGCGAGAAGGCCACCGGUGCCGCCGUCCCCCUCGGCAUCCACCCCUCCAACGUGGUCAUCACCAAGCUCAAGCUCGACAAGGACCGUGAGGCCAUCCUUGAGCGCAUCAAGGCCGGCCGUGAGGCUUCCAAGCCCAAGGCCGCUGCCACUGCUUAA